GGGUGUUUUGAAAAACACUAAAUUCAGAACUUCAUGACAGUCGCCUCAGAAAGCAUGGACGGAGUACCUUGUGCCGAAAAUUAGGUAUAAAUUUGUUUGUAUAUUACCAUUCUGUAGAACUGAAUACUGUUUUAUUCAUUAAAUAAUUCAGACUGCUGUUAUAUUCCCCCGUCCCGCGAGUGGUACGGUCCGCGGGGUGGCGGAAGUCUCGCUCUGCCAUGUUGAGCGCUUUGUUUCUGUGAGUGAGACGCGAUGAUGGAGCAGAGCUGGAGCUCUUUCUUAUUCCAGCAGGCUAAUGAAGCCCUUCACCACCAGCACCAGGUGGCCCCGAACAGCCUGCUGCCACUGCUGAACGCUGAGCCACAGGACCAGAAGCCUGUGAUGCCCAUUCCGCUGGACCACAAGCCCCCUGUAAGCGCAGCCGAGCUCCUAAAGGACAAUGUAGCCAGCGGGACGGGGGGAGGAGGGGGUGGGAACGCUGGAGGGGGCGGUCCGAUGCCCGUGGUCAAGAAAGAGCACAAGAGCAAGACGCCAUUCAUCUGCGGCUACUGCAACAAGGCCUUCCGUGACAGCUACCACCUUCGCCGCCAUGAGUCUUGCCACACUGGCAUCAAAAUGGUGUCCAGACCCAAGAAGACCGCGCAGGCGGCACCCACCAUGGUCCCGCUCAUCUCCACCAUGCCCCGCGAGACCACGGGUGACCCUGCCUACAUCUCAACCGUCGCUGGCAUCUUCUCCACGGCUACCACUUCCACGUCCUCUGCUUCCACUGUCAUGUCCCCGACGUCCAUGUCCAACGUGACCCAGCACAGUGCUCCCAAAAAGCCACCCAAGCCUGUAAAAAAGAACCACGGCUGUGAAAUGUGCGGGAAAGCCUUCCGGGACGUUUACCAUCUGAACCGUCACAAGCUGUCACACUCGGACGAAAAGCCGUUCGAGUGUCCUAUAUGCCAGCAGCGCUUUAAGAGGAAAGAUCGCAUGACGUACCAUGUGCGCUCGCAUGAUGGAGGUGUCCACAAACCCUACGUCUGUUCUGUGUGCGGAAAGGGCUUUUCGAGGCCUGACCAUCUCAGCUGCCACGUAAAGCAUGUUCAUUCCUCAGAGAGACCUUUCAAAUGCCAAGUAACGGCCUGUACAUCAGCCUUUGCCACCAAAGACAGACUUCGGUCGCAUAUGAUUCGGCACGAGGGGAAAGUCACGUGCAACGUGUGCGGAAAGAUGCUGAGCGCCGCCUACAUCACCAGCCACUUAAAAACACAUGGCCAGAGCAACUUUAACAACGCCUGUAACAAAGACAACACUGAAGUCUGCAACUCUUCCUCCACCACGCCGGUCUCGGCCGCAGCACCCAUCACCUCUGCAAUGAACCGUGGCAACACCAGCAACCCCGUUACUAUAGCAGCCCAGAUGAACAUCUCCACCAACACGGUCAAUAUCACAUCUCCCGUCAGCCUGCAGCACCCGGUUACCAUCACCGGCCCUGUGAACAUCGCCUCCGUCAACAUCCCAGCCACAGCGCCCAUGAACAUCGCCCACCCAGUGGCCAUCACAACCCCCAUGCCCAUGAACAUCGGUGGCCCGCUCAACAUCGCCAUGAGACCAAUGGACAGCAUGUCCUUCCUGUCCCAAGUUUUGCCGUCUUCUCCCUGGUAGAACCGGCCCCUGACCAGCCUUUUUGCCCUGACCUCUGUGCGACUGACACCUGUGUGGCGUGAACAAACCCAUCCUGUGGCUAGGUGGCAACUCUGGUGAAAGAUUUGCACUGGUUGAUUCAACUCUCUCUGGCCUUUGAAUACGUUUGCAUUUUGCGUGCAAGGUGAGCAGCUCGGUAGCGGGGCAUUUCGCAAGCUCCUCUGAGCACUUCAAAUCCCGACAGACGUUUUUAAGGACAAAUGCAAUAAUUGAUGUGCAUUUCGAACACUUUUUUUUAAUUUUUUUUUUUAAAUAAGCAGAGUGCCGAUGGGUUCUUCAAUGAUGUUGAGGUGAAACCUGCUAAUCAGUAUUUAAGAAAAUUCAUUUGAAAGUGACUGUUGCUUCCAUUGGGAGGGAGGAUUUUUAAAAUAUUUUUUUGUAUUAUUUUGAUUUUGCGCAGGGGUGUGAGUGAGUGCGUACGUACGUGUAGCAACUUUUGAAGAGGUACAAUUUUUUUCUUUAUUAAUAGUGUUCGGCAGGACACUGUUUACGACUUUUUAGUUUCUCUGAGGGGAGGGCAGCUUCCUUUUCUUAUUGUUUACGUCGCCAUUGUUAGCUUUUGCAUACAAAAGAAAAUGUUUGGAGGAAGGAAAGAGAGUCUUGCACUGAAAGCAUAUCCCUAGUCUAAAAAGUCAGUAUUAUCUAAAUAGAAAUAUCAUGAUAGUAU